UUUUAGGGCGAUGUGAAGUGGUAGAAUGGAAUAUAAUUGGACAAUUUAUUGUGUUGAUGGUUUUACGUGGAAAACGCUAGAGCCAAGAGAGGCACUGGAGGACAGGGUGACCAAGCAGUGGCAGGAGAUCGGGUUCCAGGGGGACGAUCCCAAGACAGACUUCAGGGGAAUGGGCAUCCUGGGACUGGAGAAUCUAGUCUACUUCGCUGAGGAGUAUCCCACAGCAGCUGCUCACGCACUUCUCCAUUCCAAUCAUCCAAAGUAUGGGUAUGCCUUUGCCAUUGUGGGGAUUAACAUCACUAGUAUGGCGAUGAGGUUGCUGAGGGAUGGAACUGCAAAGACUCAUGUGUAUAAUUCGGCGAAAACUCUGCCUACUAUUCGUGCCUUUCAUCAGUUUUAUAGCUAUCUGUUUUAUGAGUUUGAUGAGUUCUGGAUUGAGUCCAAACCUAACAAUAUGAUGGAGUUCUCGGCGAUACAGGAGAAGUUUGAGGGGAAUAUCAGGGGGGCUUUGGGCAAUCCUAUGACUGUGUUUAGGAUCAAUCUUUCGGUUGAUAAUAUUUAAUUAGGGGAGUGAUUAUGGGUUUGGGAGGGACUUUGAGCCGAUGUGAAGUGGUGGAGUGGAAUACAAUUUGACAAUUUUUUCUGCUGAUGGUUUGACGUGAAAGAGACUAGACGUGACAUAUUCUCCGUGGAUUUUCUAUUGAUUAUGGGGUUUUGUCAAUACAGUAGCGAAGCGGUAAAACGAUUCAAGUCAACUUAGCUCUUAACUGAGUUUUCGAGGAAUAUCUCCGAAUCUAAGAGAGAUAGCAAAAUUUUCGUGAUUUUGUAGCUCUCUAUUCGCUCUGCAAAAAAGUUCCUAACAAAAAUUUUAUCUUAACAAAGAUCUGUCUUACAUUUCGAGAUAUUUAUUAAAAACUGACCAAUAGUCGACAUCGACUUAAACCGUUUCAUCGCUUCAUUACUGAACAAUGAAUGGCAAUUCAACUUUAACUUUAUAUGAUCCAUAUAAAAUUAAAAUUGAUUCAUAUUCAUAAAUUAUGUGAAUUUCAAGCAGAAAAUUUUCAAAUUUAAUGACCAAUUCUCAUCUUAUGUGAAAUUCAAUGAAGUUAUUUCAUAUCUUAUUUUCGGCUGAUAUGUAACAUGAUUUGAAAUUUGAGGAAAUGCGAAAAAUCGCCGGAGGUCGGGUUUGAAGCUACGACCCUUAUGUUUCCAGGCUGAGAAUUACGCACAUGGCUAUCCUCUCAAUAUUUAAAAUUCAAAUCUGAUCACAGUUAUAACGAUGAGAAUUAGAAUAAAAUUUUCAAAUAAAUUCUUAACAAAUAUUUGAAUUAUCUUAACGAUGAGUAACUCUAGGAGAAAAUGUCAAAAAACACGUUUCAUUGAUCAUAUCAUCAAUUACAAAAAAAUUCUGAUAUUUUCUCGAAGAAUCACUCGUUUGAAAGAUGAAUGAACGAUUCAGAGACGAAGCGAUGUAACGAGAUGAAUCAACAGAAUAGAAAAUCAUAAAAUGUCAUUUUCCUUCAGUUAUUCUCCCAAAUUAUUCUCGAAAUAUCUCAGAAUUGCUUCAGCAGAAUAUAUUUUCCUUUCAUUCUACAAAUAACAAUAUUGUAGUUGAUUUAUUUCGUUUUCCCACUUCAAAUCUGAAUGAAAAAAAUGAAAUUGACUCGUGUAUUGCACUUUACCACUUCAAUACUUAAUUAUUGUAAUUACUGUAAUGAUUUAUUUUUGCACAAAGUUUUUGAUAAAUUUGUGUGCUUGAUCGUGUGUUAAAUUCCAAUAGUUUGGAAACAUUCCAGAUCUGAGGAAACUAGUAAUUAUAUUUCACAAUUAUUUUGUGUUUAUAAUGAAUAAAUGAUUUUUAAAGAA